AUGCCGCGUCUGUUCCUGGCAGUGGCCGCCGCCCUUGUGCUGCUCGCAGCCGUUGGCGGUCAUGGCUUCCAGAUCGAAGAAGCCACCGUCGACACAAUCCAGCAGGGCUUCAGAAACGGCAGCCUCACCUCUGUCUGCCUCGUCCAGUUCUACCUGGACCGCAUUCACGACCUCAACCCGCUCUUGCGCGCCGUCAUCGAGGUCAACCCGGACGCGCUGCGCCAGGCCGAGCGCGCGGACGCGGAGCGCCGCUCCGGGAAAUUCUCCACCAUCGGCGGCAGGGGCGGGCAGCUCCACGGCGUUCCCGUCCUUCUCAAGGACAACAUUGCCACCCGCGACGAGCUCAACACGACGGCCGGGUCGUUCGCGCUGCUCGGGUCCAGGACGAAGCGGGACGCCGGCGUGGUGUCCCGGCUCCGGCGCGCCGGCGCCAUAGUGCUGGGCAAGGCCAACAUGGACGAGUGGUCCAACUUCCGCAGCCUCGACGGCACAGACGGCUGGAGCGCGCGCGGCGGCCAGGCCAGGAAUCCGUAUGUGCUGUCGGCUGACCCGUGCGGGUCGAGCGGGGGGUCGGCCAUCGCGGCAGCUGCGAACAUGGCGGCUGUGACGCUGGGAACCGAGACGGACGGCUCCAUACUGUGCCCUGCGUCGCUCAACUCGGUGGUCGGGAUCAAGCCUACGGUGGGGUUGACCAGCCGGGCCGGGGUUGUCCCAAUCACGCCUAGGGAAGACACCGUCGGGCCCAUUUGCCGUACUGUGACGGACGCGGUCCGUGUGUUGGACGCCAUCGCCGGUUACGACGCCCUCGACGCUGCAGCCACAAGGGCAGCUUCAAAGUACAUCCCUCAUGGCGGAUACAUGCAGUUCUUGAAGAAUGAUGGACUAAUGGGGAAGAGGAUUGGUGUACCCAAUGGCUUCUUCGACAACCCAAACGGGACGCUGCAACUUUACCAGCAACAUCUCAAUUCGAUCAGGGAACAAGGCGCGAUCAUUAUCGAGAACCUUGACAUAGAGAACCUAAGCACCAUACUGGAUACCUUAAACAAUGGUCAACAGAUUGCAUUACCGGCAGAGUUCAAGUUGAGCCUCAACGCAUACCUUUCCGACUUGACAUACUCCCCAGUCCGAUCGCUUGCGGAGGUCAUAGCUUUCAACAUCGCACAUCCCGUUGAGGAGAAGCUGGAGGAGGUCGGGCAGCUCAUCUUCCUGGUGGCCGAGAACACGACUGGCAUCGGUGCCACGGAGAAAGCGGCGAUCAGGCAGCUGAAAAAGCUCUCCACCGAUGGGCUGGAGAAGCUGAUGAAAGAGCACAAGCUCGACGCUGUCGUGACGCCCAACGACUUCUUGUCUCGCGUGCUUGCCAUUGGCGGCAUGCCAGGGAUUACCGUGCCGGCGGGGUACGGCAAGAUGGGGGUGCCGUUCGGACUGUGCUUCGGUGGAAUGAAGGGAUACGAGCCAAGGCUGAUCGAGAUGGCAUAUGCAUUCGAGCAAGUUACCAAGGUCAGGAAGGCUCCGACUUUCAUGGCAUAA